CGACAAAUAAAUAAGGCCAAAUAAUAAUAUCUACUACUUGUCUUCUCUGCUACUUUCAGACGAAUUUUUAAGAACUUGAAUUUGUAUAAUAACUUAAAAAUGAAUAGUGUUAAUAAUAUGCCCGAGGAUUGUGCGAAACAAUGGGAGAUAUUAUUGUUGUUAUUAUCAUCGGAAGAGAAGAAAAUCGAUCGUACCAAUGAAAAUGAAAUCGACACAAUGAAUUAUUUUUACAAUAACAAGGGAGUACAAAAAAUACUUCUCCAUUGGCUGCAACAAAUGAAAAUGUCCUAUGCCAGAAAAACAAGUGAAUCAGAUACAGCUUUAAAAUGUGAUGAAGUGUCUUUAUUUUGGAGACUACGAGGCAAUGAAAAAUUUCGUGCUAAUUUACUGGAAGAAAGUUAUAAGUGCUACACCAGCAGUGUAUUAUACGCUAAACAUAAUAGUCUUAUGUAUGCACUAGCAUUGGCUAAUAGAUCGGCAACUUUAUUGCGCUUAAAAAGAUUUCAGGAGUGCCUCUCAGAUAUUACAAUGGCAUUAAGCAAUGGCUAUCCAAUCGAGCAGCAUCACAAGUUGUUGAUGCGCCGUGCAGACUGUUACAUCGAAUUACAACAGCGAACCGAAGCACGUGCUUCACUGGAUGCAGCUAUCCAUCAUGCUGAUUCUUUGAAUUUUUCUGCUGUUAACGCUAUGGAGUUUGACCGUCAUUUAAAAAUCUUGGAAAGAAAGCUGGAGUCUGUAGUAGGUGACACAAUAAAAGAACCAGUCAAACUACCUGAUUGCUAUAUGGGGUUUAACCCACAAUUCCAAGCCGCUUCUAAUGCAAUAGAACUCAGAUGUAACGACACAGUGGGUCGGCAUGUGGUAGCUAAAGCGAAUACAAAACGGGGCGACGUUCUGUUCUCAGAGGAGCCCUACGCGUGGGUUACUUUGCCCUCCGAUGAGAAAGUUUGUGAGAUGUGUUGUGAAGCUGACAUUAACCCAGUGCCUUGCAGCGUGUGUUCGCGUAGCGUGUACUGCAGCGAGAGUUGUCGCGCGCUCGCUCUAUUCCACCGCUGGGAAUGCGAAGCGGCGCAGUGCGCGCUCUUUCCCACUAUAGGGAUCGCGCAUUUAGCUUUAAGGGUGUUACUAAUAAGUGCAAACAACGGCUUCCCCGUGCCCCCGCGGCGUCUCCCCGAGCCGUGUACAGCCACAGACCUCUUCAAAAGCUACGCACAAGUUGAUAAAAUUAAAAUAUACGACAAAAAUACGCCGCCAUUCUACAGAAUGUUUAAUCUCGUCACAAACUUCGACAAAAUGAACAAUAUGGACUAUAUACAGUACGCUUUGACAGCGACGAUGCUGACCCUGUACCUGGAGAACUUCACGUUGUUCUUUGAUUACUUGCCGUCUAAAGUGCCUUGCUCCUUGUCUCACGCGGAGCUGAGACUGUUCGCGGCUGCUGUCAUUCUUCGCAGUCUCGGACAGCUCGUCUGCAACGGACAUGCCACUCUGAGCUUAUCAACCGUUGAAGAGGCUAACGGAAGGAACGAGCGUACCCUUACGGAGAGGGAAGUGCGACGCGCGACCGCUAUCUAUCCUUCUGCAGCCAUGAUGAAUCACUCCUGCGACCCGAAUAUUAUCAAUACGUUCUACAAGAGUCGACUAAUAAUUCGUUGUUCGCGCGAACUGUCGCCGGGUUCCGAAGUACUGAACUGUUACGGUCCGCACCGCGCUCGCGAGCCGACCGCGCAACGACGCUCGCAACUGCGCGCGCAGUACAUGUUCACCUGCAACUGCACCGCGUGCAGAGAUAACGAGCGAAAGGACUUUUUGCUGUUAUUUAGUGCAUACGCGUGCCAGUCGUGUAAAGGCCCCAUAUCGUGGCAGAGUAAGCAACCGCGCUGCCAACAGUGCAGCGCUGAGUUUCAUCCGGACCGCGCACUAGCUCUGAUCGAUCGAGCUGAGGAGUUAGCUUCACAAGCCGAGCUGGCGGUCUGCUUGGAGAGCCGCUGCGACAAGAUGUUGGCAUCGUACCGAUUGAGGCAGCAGGUGUGGCACCGACACCAUGCGGGACUAAGAGUCACCGCCGACAAGCUAGCCCGGCUGUACGCGGACGUCGGUGAAUUCAGUAAAAGCAUGGAUCUUAUAAAGCAAAACAUUCAGAAUCUUGAGUAUCAAUUUGGGUCGUUCAGUGUAGAGGUUGCCCAUGAACUGAGGAAGUUGUCAGACGUUAUGUUAGAAAGAAUCGUCAAUUCUUCUCAACAUGUGGAUCACAGGGAGUGGUGCCUUGAAACCCACAAAAUAAUAAAGAAAGCUAUUCAGUUGAUGGAACUGAAUUAUGGUCCGUGGGAACCGGUAGUGUCAAGGUUGAAAGAUCAGGAGGCGCUUGUAUCUUCUCUUCUAGCAGAGAGCAGGACUCCGGAGGCAGCAGAUUGCAUUCAUCAUAAUUUACAUUACAACCUUAAAAUUUAAAACAUUUAAACCAUAGCGAAUUAAAAUCA